AAAAAAAAAAAAAGCAUUUCAUUUUCAUUUAAAAAUUGAAAGUGUGGGGGAGUAUGGUUGGUCUCUCCGUCUCCGACUGGUUGAUGAUGGAAUAGGGCGCAAUUGUUUCGGAUCCGAAAUUCAAAAUGGAUUCGUGGCUUAAAAAAGCAGAAGGCUUUUUGGAAGUUGUAGAUCGAGGAGCAAAGCGGGUUGUCAGCGAAUUUUCUGAUGAGCAAGCUGAUUUGCAAUCCACAGUUGCUAAUGGGCAAGGAUCUCAAGCCAAGAGAAAGUCAAAGACAAAGGCUCAAAAGAGAGUCCCUGUGAAUGAAUCUGAUACUUUGCAGGAGCAAACUAGUACAGUAACAUCCCUAGUAGAUGUGACACCUGAAAAUGAUAGGGCUUCUCAAUUAAUUGAAAAUGAAAGGACUCCUACUAAGUCUGUUGCCCAAACAAACGAUGGCCUGCAGCAUAGUAUCGACAAAGAUUCCCCCAUGGUAGGCAUUCCUUUAACAGAAACAUUGGCAAAUGAUGUGGUUAAAAAUGAUGCUGAUGAUAUGGAAGUCCUCUCAACUGUUGCUGAUGUGGAAGCUGUCUCCUUACAUUCAAAUGCUGAGCUUGUCAAUGAGAAUACUUCAGAUGUUCACAAAGAACAACCUCCUUUAUCCUUACCUGCCAAUGGAGUUAACAUUGUUAACGAAGAUGAACCAAUUGAUGCUGGCCAAAGUAAAUCUGGAGACACAGAUGGUGCUGGGAACAUUGACCAAGAGAGAUCUCAAUCUGUAUCUACUGAUUCUCCCAGUAACAGUGAUACCCAAUUGAAGGAUGCUGAUGUCAAGGUUGAACCUCUUAUCAAUCAAAAUAGGCAACAGGAGACUAAAGCUGAUGGUUCUCCCAUGAAAGUACAGGACCCACUUGAUGAGGCUCAGGGACUGCUUAAAACUACAGUUUCCACUGGUCAGUCUAAGGAGGCAAGACUAGCUCGGGUCUGUGCCGGACUUUCUUCCCGUCUUCAAGAAUACAAAAGUGAGAAUGCACAGCUAGAGGAACUUCUCGUUGCAGAGAGAGAGCUGAGUAAAUCCUAUGAGGCUCACAUAAAGCAGCUACAGCAAGAUUUGUCUGCAGCCAAAGGUGACGUGUCAAGAGUAGAGUCAAAUAUGGUUGAGGCCUUGGCAGCAAAGAACUCCGAAAUUGAGGCACUUAUCAGCUCUAUGGAUGCACUUAAGAAACAAGCUGCUUUGUCUGAAGGAAAUCUAGCUUCAUUGCAGGCAAACAUGGAAUCCAUAAUGAGAAAUAGGGAACUGACGGAGACAAGGAUGAUGCAGGCCAUGCGGGAGGAGCUUGCUUCUGCAGAGCGGAGAGCAGAAGAAGAGCGUGCUGCGCAUAAUGCUACAAAAAUGGCUGCUAUGGAAAGAGAAGUAGAAUUAGAACAUAGAGCUGUUGAUGCAUCUUCAGCCCUUGCAAGGAUCCAGAGAAUAGCGGAUGAGAGGACGGCAAAGGUGGCUGAGCUUGAGCAGAAGGUGGCACUGCUUGAGGUUGAAUGUGCAUCAUUAAAUCAAGAACUGCAAGAUAUGGAAGCUCGUGUUCGCCGUGGACAAAAGAAGUCGCCUGAAGAAGCAAAUCAAGCGAUUCAGAUGCAGGCAUGGCAGGAAGAAGUCGAACGUGCACGCCAAGGCCAGAGAGAUGCUGAGAGCAAACUCUCUUCUUUGGAGGCUGAAGUGCAAAAAACGAGAGUAGAAAUGGCUGCAAUGAAGAGAGAUGCUGAGCAUUAUUCACGUCAGGAGCACAUGGAACUAGAGAAGCGCUACCGUGAACUAACUGAUCUGCUGUACUACAAACAAACACAGUUAGAAGCCAUGGCUAGUGAAAAAGCUGCAGCAGAGUUUCAAUUGGAGAAGGAAUUAAAGCGUCUUCACGAAGCACAGGUAGAGGCUGAUAGAAAUAAAGUGUCCCGCCGGGCAUCAACAUCUUGGGAAGAAGACACUGAGAUGAAAGCACUUGAGCCUCUCCCCCUUUAUCACCGCCACAUGGUUGGGGCAAGCAUACAGUUGCAGAAGGCAGCAAAACUAUUAGAUACAGGAGCUGUCAGGGCCACAAGAUUUCUCUGGCGGUACCCGACAGCUCGAGUUAUCCUGCUUUUUUAUUUGGUAUUUGUACAUCUCUUCUUGAUGUAUCUGUUGCAUCGGCUUCAGGCACAGGCAGACAAUUUUACUGCUAGAGAAGUUGCAGAAUCUAUGGGACUUUCAAACCCUACCUUACCAUGAUUGGUCAGCUGCACCAAUUGGAAAGUUGGUGCAAAGGGUUUCCAAAGGCCUCAUUUAUUUUUGCAAGGGUGCAUCUCUUCUAAUUCUGGACAAGCAUGGAAUUGCUUGAGAAUGAAGCAACGGAAUACAGACAUAUAUAAAAUGAAGGUGAAAUUUUUUCAGUCUAUUUUUCAUGUUAUACAAUCAUUUGAGGAAAUAGUUGAUCCAGGAGAAACUGCAGCUAGUUGGAAUUAGAACACUGGAUUCGGGUGAAGGUUGACAGUUGGCUGCAUCUCUUCACGGUCUUGGAUCAGCAUGCAAUUGUUGAUAUGUCACUUAUUACAUGUUUUUGUGAUUGAUUUGUAAUCCUUUGACGCUGAAAUAAUAGUCAAAGUGAAGUCACCAUGUAGAUUCAGAUUUCUGCUCUGUGAAUAUGAAUUUUUCCCUCCUAUUCUUUUUUUCCGGGUCU